UAACGUUGUCUCCAAAAAACAAGGAUAACACAUCUCAAUCUCAUUACUCAUUCUUUUAAUUAGGAUAGCAAGUGAGUGUUAUUAGAAACAAAGAGAGAUUGAGACAGUUAGUAACAAAAGACACAAAAAUAUAACAAUGAAUCAUCAAGACCAAAUGAUGCUUAUGUCUCAGUUAUUCCCAGCUUGUGAAUACACCCAAAUCAUUUCUCAACAAGGAGAGAAGAAACCAAAGCCAAGACGCAAGCGUAGUAAGAAGAACAAAGGUGGAGAAAACAGUGCUAACGACAUGAACAAAAAGAGGAAAUUGAGUGAUGAACAAGUGAAUAUUUUGGAAGAAAACUUUGGAAAUGAACAUAAACUUGAGUCAGAGAAGAAGGAUAGGCUUGCAAUGGAGCUUGGUUUAGAUCCAAGACAAGUUGCAGUAUGGUUCCAGAAUCGAAGGGCUAGGUGGAAGAACAAGAAACUUGAAGAAGAGUACUUCAGUCUUAAAAAAAAUCAUGAAUCCACCAUUCUUGAGAAGUGUCUCCUUGAAACCAAGAUGUUGAAGCUAAGAGAGCAGCUUUCUGAGGCAGAGAAGGAAAUUCAACGCCUUCGAGAGCCUAAUAGUAGCUCUAGUACUUCAUCAAUUUCACAAUUCAUGGAAGUAGUGGAUCCACAAUUUCAUGAUGAAUUUGAAGUUAAUCAUAUAUAUAAUGAUGAUGUGUUUUUCAUGCCGGAUGCGACAUAUUACUUCAAUGGCCAAGAAUGGAUUAAUGUGUAGAUCUAAGAAACUAAAACAAUAAGAAUAUUUACUAAUUAACUUAGCAUUUGUAGAUAAUGUGAAGGAUAUCCCUCAAUAUGUAAAUUAAUUGUUCAUAGCUACUUUAGUGUGUUUAUUGUAUGACUAUGGAUUGUGGAAUAUGUAUCCAUUGACAUAAUAAUUUUUAUUUUGACCUAUAAAUGGUAGUGUUUUAUUGUCGUUCCAUUAA